UUGGUCCUUCGAGCCGGAUCUAUAACCGCGAAGUGCCGCGAAAGAUCCGUUUUUUGUGAAACUACACUUGCGGGCAGUGGAUUGCUGUCGCAAACGCAAGUCCCAGGAGCUAAUCGAGGCGAAGUGCAGCCUCGGAUAGCUUCAGACCGCGUCUUCAAGCGGUCAGGUCACGGUGGGCGGAAUCUACCCGUCAUCAGCAUCGGGUGCGGCAAGGAUCCACGGAACAGUCACCAACUACUGAGGUCCGAGGGGAUUCAAGGCGUCCCUCUCUCAGUACGUCAUCACCAAGAGGUCAGGUCAUCAUCAGCGCCAGCAUCGGCUGCGGGGAGCAGCUGGUACUGA